GGUUCCUGUAUGGAUGAACAUCACUACUGCUCGGUAUGGAAGGCUGAGGGGAAGUGUCAUCAUCCCUACUUUGAAGAGCGCUUAAAGCUUAACUGUGCCUUUUCAUGUGGACACUGUACUCUGGCCAAUAUACAUGCGAGGUCUUUGAACUUCAUCAUUCCUGUACAGUAAUGCAGUGAAUCAUUGAGUGCUUUACAUAUAGACGGCAAAUCAAGGACCAGGGAGACAAUACAGUCAUCACAAUUUUCCUAUACUUUUCCCCUAGUUAACCAAGAUUACCUAGUUUAUCUCUUUUCGGAAGAAUUCUCUAAUUUCGAAUUCUCUUUUGUGUACAACCUUAGCUUCAACCAAGCCUAAAUUUUUAUUGUCUUCUUUGUACACAGAGUGUGUGCAAUUACAAUAGAUUCUCUGCUGAAUAAAAGAGUAUGUUACAUGCUUUCGAGGUUAAGAUAGCGCAAAUAAGAUCUCGAAACUGGAGUCAGUAUUAGUUUACUCUUUAAAAUCACAUCACCCUUCAACCCAACUCCCAGGUCCUUGAUUAUUUAUCGUUGUAUCGUAAUUAUGGUGUUUGUUUUUAUUAGGUGUCCGAGAGGGUCUGGGGAGGUAUUUUGCUUUAUUACCAAAGUUGCGACACUCGAACUGUCAUAGUAACAACAAGCACGACUAAAAUAACCGUGAAAUACUUAUCACUAAAUUGUCUUAAACYAUAAGGCCGAUUUAGACGGUACAACUUUUGCCUACARCCAUCGCAUGCAGCACGCGUAAGUCGUCCUUACAACUUGGCUACAACUGUCAUAGGGCUAUUAAGCAAUUGUUUUUAAAUCCCUACGACAGUUGUGGCCAAGUUCAAGGACGAAUUACGCGGGUUGCAUGCGAUGAUGGUUGUAGGCAAAAGUUGUGCCGUCUAAAGCGGCCUAUAGAGAUAGUCCGCAAACACUGGAGUAUGAAAUAGUGCUAAAUUAACAUGAAUUAUUAAAAAAAUGCUUUGUUUUCUAUUGUCUAAUUUUAACAAUAUUCCCUUAUUAUGCAUUAUUUGGUUCGAACUAUUUCACGCCUUAGGUGUUUGCACUCUAAAAUAGUGAAACGGUACCAGAAAGUGCUCAAUCAGUUCUUAAWUAAGGUCGAGUGAACUAUCUCUUUGUCCUGAAGCCGUACUCGACCAAUCAGAAUUCAGGAUUUGUAGGAUUUGCACAUAAUAGUUYGAUUGAUACAAGGAAAUUGUGAUAAAUCAGUAGCAUUUAGCUAUUUAUAGUGUCUGCACUCCAGUUAAAAAAAAAGAAUUAGCCUAAAAUAGCGCUAAACGGACAUUUUUACGGAUAUAAUAUUGUUUGCGCUGUAAACGAUGAUAAUAUAUUAUCAGAUUACAAGAUAUAUGAUGGUUCGAGCGUCGUAGCCAAGUAAAUCUUUAUAUAUAUUACUUACAAAAUAAGGGUCGUACGUCAAGCUGAUUAGCUGCUUAUUAUUGUGUGCAAAUACAAAUUUUUAUAUGAGGAAUUUGAAUGGAAUAAACUUAAAUCAAAUCCAU